ACACCUCUUGGGGCAAAAAAUAAAAAAUUAUGCAACUUUGUCAAAUGUACAAUUAGCACAAACUUGAUAACGGAGAAAAUAGAACCAAGACAGAACACACAACUGAAAUUACAGCAAAUUGACCGCUUAGAUAACAUCAUACGUAGUGUGCAAGCGGAAGAAGCUGUAAAUAAAGGUGCCUCCCUAACCAUAUACAGCCUGCCUAACAAUUCCUCAUUCAUGCUAACUAGGAAUGUAUGCAAAGAAGAUAAUUUCAGAAAGGUGCUUUAUUUUAAGUGGAAAGCCAGGAAGUCAUAUAAAAAGAGGGUUAUGAAUUUACCCUCCACUAAGUCACGAAGAAGAUACGCACAAAAGAAUAGGUGA